AUGGCAAGUUAUUUUUCCGCUUCUGUUGAUCAACAAAAUACUUCUGAAUGUAAUCAAGAAAAAUAUCAUACGGUACCUAUUCGUAGUGAACUUCCGAAAAUUUCAAAGGCUUAUGAAGAAGAAGCGCUUAAGCAACUUCCACCAGACAAUAUUUGGGUGAAUGCAGUUAUACGAUCAAAUACUAGUAACAAUAAUGAAAAUUCAAAAUUAAAAGAAAACUCUAUUGUGAAUAAUGAGCAAUAUAAACUUCAAUAUACGAUUGUCAAUGGACCGUAUGAGAAAAAUGAACAUUUUUUUUAUAAAUUAAUUUUUCAAUAUGAUACUUUAAAAAAUACAUUUGAAAUUGGACAGUUCUAUCAUUUACAAGAUGCUUGUCCUUAUCAAUUGAAACACGUAGAUGUUUAUAAUUUAAAAACAAUAAUUAUUAUUGAAGCAUCAAAGAUUUAUACUCGUGGCUCCAUUACCGAACGUACUUGUAACUGUCAACCUAAGUGUGUAGCCAAAACAUGUUCAUGUAAAAAAGAAAAUGUAUUGUGA